CCGUAUCUGUGUAAUGUGUAAUUAAUUACAAUCAAAAAUUGCAAUUAUCUAUAAUAUAAUAUAUUAUGUUAUGAUAAUAUUAUAAAUUAAAAAAUAUUAUAAAUUAUACCGUACCAGUGAUUUAUGUUGUCUGUGCUUAAUUUUCGUCGAAACAAAUAUCAUUAAAUUUAUACAAACACGCUUUCCGAGUUAGGUACUAACAUUUAACUGGAUAAUUAUUUUACACUUCAUUUAGACGUUAACAUUUGACAUUUUUAGAAAUUUGGACUGAUGUCUUCUGAUAGUAAAAAGGGAAUUCCCUCCAACGAAGAACUCAUAGAGGAACUCACUAAGAACUUGGAAAGUUCAGCCAUCAAAACAGAUUUUUCUGGUGGUGAUGAAUCUCAUCACAGUGAAUCGGAUUCAGAGGUUGAUACUAACGUAAAUGAAGAAAAUGAAAUUAGAGAUGAAGAUUACAUUGAUGACACACUGUUAAAGGAAAGAGAUGAUAAAUUACCGGAAGAAAAAAAACGGGAGUUAUUGCAAGAAGCUCUUAGUUUAAAAAAUGAAGGUAACAUCAAAUUUAAGAAUCAAGAACAUGAAGAAGCCUCUAAAAUAUACACAGCUGCAUUACGUACUUGUCCAUUAACUUUUCCAAAUUACAGGGCUAUAUUUUUCGCAAAUCGAGCUGCAGCCAAAUCUAACAUUAAUAUAGAAAGUGCUAUACAAGAUUGUACUCGUGCUAUUGAGUUAGAUCCUGAUUAUUUAAAGGCAUAUAUUAGACGUUCUAAAUUGUUUGAACGCAAUGACAAGCUUGAUGAAGCAUUAGAUGAUCUAAAAAAAGUCCUUGAAAUUGAUCGAAAUUACACUGAAGUGGCAUACAAUGCUAGAGUGUUACAAGAAAAAAUAAACGAGCGUAAUGAAAAAUUAAAAACUGAAAUGAUGGCUAAACUUAAAGAUUUGGGCAAUAUGGUACUAAAGCCAUUUGGUUUAUCUACCCAAAACUUCCAACUUAACCAAGAUCCAAACACUGGCGGAUACUCAGUUAAUUUCAAACAAUAAUUCAAAUACAUAUUUUAUUACAACUAUCAAUUCUCAUUAGUUUGUACAUACAAAAUUAAUUAUAAGUAUAUUAUAAAUAAAAACUAAUUGGUGAUAAAACAUAUUUA